CCACAAUUUCAAACUCCAACGAACUGGAACCCCGUCUCUCUCUCUCUCUCUCACAUACACACACACUCUCGCACAAUGUGUUCAUCAAUGGCAACGAGUCUAUGCAUCACCUUCCUCUGUACUCUCUUCAUCUGUUCAUCUGCUGCUCAUGAUGAAAAAAAGGUUACAAACAACCCAGCCGAUGAGCUUGUAGCCAUUGUAAAUAGCAACAGAACAGCACACAAAGCAGCUUCCCUCGAUAACAAUCCUGGCUUAGGCUGCUUAGCCCUGCAAUACAUCAAAGCCUACCAAGGCAAAUGUGAUGAUGUUGGUGGGUCCAACGCCAAAAAACCUGCAGACUCUGAAUUCGCUGAAACCUUCGCACCUAACUGUGGGGUCGAAGCGACCACACUCUCCCCAAUCACAGGCCGUGUACUUGGGUGCCAGUCCAAAUACGUUACUCCUGAUAAAGCAUUCACAGAAAUACUAACCAUGAAGAACCGAAGCUUGAAUAUAAUCUACAAUACAACCCACACUGAGGUGGGAGCAGCUGUGAGCGGUUCAGAUGGCGGAGGCCCGUAUUUCUGGUGUGUUCUUUUUAGUAACGGGAAAUCGAAUAGUAGCUUUCAGUUGGAAGGAGGAGUGGCUAAGAUAACCAGACCAGGAUGCUUUAGUGGUGCCAAUGAUGAAUGCAGUGGUGCUGAUGGUUGGUCACAAAAUCUCAAUAUUUUGACUGUCUUUGUUGGAGUUUUUGCUGCAAUUGCUUAUACAAUUGGGGUAUGAGUAUGAGUAUGAGUAUGAUCACACUUUAUGUGCAAAAUGGGUUGUUUUCUUUUGACUUCUGAUAUUAGUUGUUUGCGAUUUCGUCCAUUCGUUUACGAGCUUAAAAGGUGAAAUAUUCUUUCCACAUGUUACUCGAAAUUUCGUGAUCUUUGUUUCCUAUGAUUAUACACAGUUUUAUAUCUUGUC